AUGCUUCUCAAGUUCUCCCUUAGGAAAACGAAGGUGGUGCCGAAGAAGAAAGCAACUUCCGACGACCUCGCUUGGAUACAGGUCAAGAAUGGCGCAGAAGCGGCCAUUCGAUGGCUUUCAAGGGCUACAAACCUUGGGAGGUCCGAGGUUGACGAGAUGAAGACCGAACUUAACGACAUCACGACGAGAGCUAGGAGGGACAAUAACCUCCCAACGAAGGCCAUGGGUGACUUGACCUUGCAAGAGGUUGAGUCAAUUUUUAAGCUCACCCAGGUGACCCAGAAGAACCUAAAGGCGGGAGAUUCCUGGGACAUACUCCCGUUCGAUACCGCAGCUCUAAACAACCAGGACGUAUUUCCUGAAUUUAUGCGCUACCUCUCUGGGUCCCGAGAGACCGAGGCAUGGGUACGCGCUUGGCUUAGCCCUUUGUUCAGCGCUGUUCUUGGCUUCGCCAUAGAAGUCGGUAUUGCGGCGGCACAUCCGGUGAGAUGGAGCUACGAGGCCUCAUUCUCGCAUAUUACCCGACUCGGCCGAAUGAAGCUCAAGCACAGGCUGAAUGGCCGCCCCGACUAUACGCUAUGGUAUGGGGAGCAUGAGGAUCUGGAGACCAACCUGGUGAUUGUAGAGACGAAGACCUCGGACGAAAUUGGCAAAGGGCAGAAACAAGUCCUUGCCUAUAUGGCUUCUAGGUGUCGUGCACUCCGGACGAAAGGAGCGCGGAAAAAAGACACCACUGUAUACGGAAUUGUGACCGACAGCAGACAGUUCCACUUUUACAAGAUCAGUAAGAACAGCAAGUGGUUCGUGAGGACCUUCCACUGGGGUCUGGAAGACAGCCAGGACGAGGAGAUCGUUCGCAUCCUCCUCCAAAUUAUCCACUCGGCGUCUACGCAGUCACCAAUGACCACUGGACGCACAAGCAAGGCGAGCACUCGUCGGAGGGCCGUCAAACGUUCCCGAUACAGUAGCUCUGCCUCUUAG